AUGUCUCAACCUCAACACACGAUUACUUUCUGUGAUCCUUCCAACAACUUCACACAAAGCAGCGCAUACGAAACAAACCGCAACAUUUUACUCAUCUCUCUCGCUGAAUCUUCCUCUCUCGGAACCUAUGCCAACAACACAAACGGCCUUAGCCCCAACACAGUCUUUGGCAUGUUCCUAUGCAGAGGAGACAUCAACGCAACAUCUUGCUCAGAAUGCGUCAAAACCGCAGCAACCGAGAUGGCUACAAACUGCACUCUCAACAAAAGAGCGGUCAUAUACUACGAAGAGUGCAUGGUUCGUUACUCAAACGUUUCUUUCUUCUCUUUAUUGGAGUUCAUACCAAACGUCGUUUCUUACUCUAACCUUCCUGCUCCAAACCCUAACCGGUUCAAUCAAACCCUCUCUGACAAAUUCAACAAACUUAUUCCCAACGUCUCUUCUUCCUCUUUGAUUCCAUAUUUCGUGCCGGAUUACGAACGUGUGACACAAGCAGAAGGAUCUUAUGAGUUAGAGUCAAUGGUUCAGUGUAGUCCUGAUCUUGAUCAGUUUAACUGUACCGUUUGUCUCUUAGCCGCGUCUUCAAGAGUUUCAUCUUGUUGCGGUUUGCCAAGUUUUGCUCAGGUCUUUACUCCUAAAUGUGUUUUGGGGUAUAGAACAUUUGUUUUGCCAUCGCCUCCGUUGUCUCCGACGUCUUCCCCACCUUUAUCCUUGCCGCCUCUCUCGGCUCCACCUCCUUUUCUAUCGCAGACGCCGCCACCAAAGAACGUUCCUAGCGGAUCGUUUUCUUUUAACGUUAUAAAAGGAAACGAAAUCUUUGGGAGAAUUGUUGUUGCAAUGACAGCUUUGGUGUUUGCACUAGUGAAUUUGUGA